GCUCAGAAGGUGUCAUGUUUUUGGUGUUUGUGAUAUUCAUUAAUGCCUUCCUCCUUUCUUUUCAGGGUAUUUGAGCAGGGUGGGGCAAGAGUGGUGGUGGACUCUGAUAGUUUGGCCUUCGUGAAAGGGGCCCAGGUGGACUUCAGCCAAGAACUGAUCCGAAGCUCAUUUCAAGUGUUGAACAAUCCUCAAGCACAGCAAGGCUGCUCCUGUGGGUCAUCAUUCUCUGUCAAACUUUGAUGUGAUGACAGAUGACCCUGAGACUGCUACCAGUUGUA